AUGUUCAUCCCGGCACAACAAAUACGAUACUACGUCAAUCCUGUUCGUCUAGGAGAACACGGACCAAGCUUUGUGAAGGCACGGGCGCCUCCAGAGCGGCCAAAGGAGGCCACGGCUGACACGAAAGAUGGCACCGACAAUAUCCCACCCUGGGCGCUACCCUUCGCCUCUUCUCGGAUUGAUGAUGUAGUUUGUGCGUCAAAUGCUACCUGGAGCUACGAUAUACCUCCAUCUACGGCACAGAACGAUGUACAGAAAGGAAUCGAAGAAGACGAACCCCUCUCGGCCUGGUUACCACCCGUCCCAUCUUCUCAUAGAGACGACGCGGUAUGCGUGUCGAAUGCUACGUUGAGUGACGAUAUCUCAUCGUCUGCCACAUCUGAAGUAUGGCCGACAUCUCGACCAGAGCUAGGUCCUGUAUCCAGAGUUGCGACUUUGUGGCAGAAUCUGGCUAAAAGAAGGGAUGGCUCCCGCGAUUAUGAUCACGAGAACAUCGACCAUUUGUGGCAUGUACGCGACAUUGCUGAAGAUAGUGAAGCGUCAAAUCGUUAUACGACUGAAAUGAUAGUCAGCAAAAUAGGCUCCUUGUACAGGAGGGGCCAGGUCUCGAUGAUUCCGGCGCUUUUUGAGGAGUAUUUGCAGGAAUGGAAGGGAGUGCCUGACACUCACGUGGUAAUGAAAGUUAUCAAUUCACGUAUGCGGCUUGGAGACACACACUCGCUUGGAGAAUUCGUGUUGCGUUUGGUGGACAGAGGUUUCAUCCCGGGUACUGGGGUUUAUAAUUUGCUCUUGAAGACGCUGAUUAAGAACCACAAUAUGCUUGCUGCGUUGGAGUUCCUGAGGGUGGUUAUGAUUCCGAUGGGUUACGAGGAUGAGCGGACCUAUCAAUUGCUCAUGAGAGGCUACUUGCAGCUUCCAAUAGGUGCAAAAGCUUCUAGGAAAGUUCAGGAUGUGUUCAACUCUAUGCAGAGGGCAGGAAUUGGUAUCAUUCCAAGCGUUACUACAUACAAUAUCUUGUGUGCAGCGUACUUUCGUGAUGGGGAUGAAGAAAAUGCAAGAAAGGUGCUGCGCGAUAUGACCUCAAGAGGCAUUCAACCUAACGUCCGCACGUAUGCCAUUUUGAUCCAGGCCGAAGCGACCCUGGGUCGCUGGGAGGAGGCGAAGAAAACAUUUCGCACGCUUGAUGCCAUGGGAAUUUCUGGGAGUAUGCAUGUUGAAACCUACAAUUCCUUACUGAAAGCACCGCGGCAACUUUUGCAGGAUGCGGAGUUCACCGAAAUCUACGAAGAUAUGAAAAAGCGCGGAGUUGAACCCAAUAUGAACACAAUGAUCAUACGUCUCAAGCGGUUGCUUUGCCUCCGUGAUAUGGACGGCGUGGAGGCUUUGUUCAAGGAAAUGACCGACAUGAACCUGCAGUCUGCCCAAAAUCAGCGGUCUCUUUCUGAGAUGUUCACUCGGUUAUUGCUUCAUGUCUCGAAACCCGGGACGGAGACUGCCUUCGUCGAAACAUUACAGCUUUACGAGGGGAUUGGCGAGGAGAGUAGGCAUCUUAUCGACCAUGUGGGGCAGAACAUUGUGCUUGAUUGUAUACGACGUCUGCGAGGAGAUAGGAGAAGAAGGCCUUUCGACGUCCCUCAACGAUGGGCAACAACAAUGUUGCGCCUCGACUACAGUUUGCAGUUCCGAUCACUGUUCUUGCAUGGCUCAUAUUACCAAGUUCUCAAACUGUAUGAAGAGCUUCUCAGUUGGAAUGUCCCUUUAACAAUGGGGGUGGUUCAGAUCUUGGUUCAGGGAUUUCUGAGAAUGGGGCGUGAAGAUAUUGCUCUGGACAUUGUCAAGAAAAACCAACCGGCGACUCAUUUGGAUUCUGUUGUUCUUCGAUGCAUCAUGAUAUCGGAGUUCGUGAACGGGAAAACGUACCCUUCCGAGGAGGACCAAACGCUCUUCGUCCGGAACCUUGACAAAAUCCUUGCUGACACGAAUCUUGUUACGUAUACCGCGGUUGCCAGCACUCUGCUGAAGAUGGGCCAAGCGAAAAUGGCUCUUGACGUAUUGCAUCGCCAUCGGAAGGAAUAUCCCGAUGAGAAGUGGGACCUUGCGGCAUAUGCGGUUCUUAGCAAAGCAUACCGAGCUAUGUAUGACUUUGAGGGUAUGUUAGGGGUUGCUGCAGCAGUGCUGAAUACUGAUAUCAAACCGAACGGUCAAUUUAUCCGUAAUCUCAAAGGCGACCUUUCCAAGGCUACGGGAACCAUGGAUAUUGCAACGUUAGAGAGUACCCUUGCUAAGGUUCGGGCAGCACUUGAUGAACGCCGGAACCAGUUGGAUGACACGUUAACGCAACGCAUGGACGCGGACUUGAAGAAGUUAGCGGUGGGCAGACGCGGGUCCGCCCCUAAAAUACCUUCCUGA